GCUAUUUAUAAAUUUUAUUCAAAAUUUUUAUUCCGUAUUUGUAUGAAAUAUUGUUAUUUUUCAAUAUUAAGAUUUAAGUAAUUAUUUUAUGCAACUUCUGCUAUCGAUCUUGUAAUAAAUUGGUCUAAUUAAUCUUAUAAUAAUAAUGGAAUCACCAAAAUUUCCAUCAAAAAGGCCAAGUAUUCAUCCGAUAAAAAAUGUUGUGAAUAUGGAUCGCGAUAAGUUUAAACGCAGAGACAGCAAUAAUGAUGAGUCUUACGAUGAGGUUGAUAAUAUCAUGAGUAAAUUUGCACGAGAAAAAACAUGUACGUCAGCACAACAACAUCAAAUAUUAUCAAGAGAAAAAAGGAGAAAAACAAGCGAAAGAGAAGUAGAUGAUGAUGACAGUGAAGAUGAAGAAGAUGAAAAUCAAUCUUAUGAUCCUAGUGACGCUGAAGACCAAAACAACUCACUGAGCCGAUCAACAAGCCGGAGUCAUAUAACAUCUAACAUAAGUUUUUCAAAAUCAAAUGAAAAUAUAGGAUAUUGGAUAUAUAUCUUAGUUAUUAUAUUGAUAGCUAUAAUAGCAUAUUUCACGUUGCCCGAAUACCUAAUCAAUAGAUCAGUUGAGAAGACGGCAAAUUUAAAAAAUCUUCAGUUAAAUUUUUUCAAUGAAGUUGAAUCGUUGGCCCGAGAAUAUAAUGUUGAUAGCGAAUCAAUGUUGCAGAUACGUAGUGGUAUUCGUACAAUAUUUGAAAAUCAGGACACAGGAUCAUUUAUAUUCACAUAUGAUGGAGAUUCAAAGAAAUUUGAUCCAAGAUCAUUCGAUAAUUUUAUGAAGGAUAUCACGUCGGCUGUCUCGAGAUACUUACGUAACUACAGUAAUGACAUUAAGCAGGUUAUAUUUGACACCUCCGAAGAAAUCUCAUCGCUAUCAGAUGUUGAUUUGAUGAGGAAAUACCGGCACGUCGUGGAUCGCGUCGGAGUUCUGCUCGUCAAAGAUAUUGACAAACUCCCAUCUAGUCUUGCGAUGGCAUUUCAUUAUUAUUGCGACGAAUACAAUCCCCUUGUCAAGAAGAGCGCCAUUUUCUUUACGAUCAACGCCGCACAAUGCUCAAUUCCGCCAUCUCAAAAGCCAAACCAUAGCUACAUCGAGAGAUGUUUAAAAAAGAGAUGGACUAGUAUCGAAAGUGACAAAAUUGGACCGCUGCUGACAAGAGUUGUCAAUGUCAUUGUUGAUGUACGGAAUUCAUAGAACACCAAUAUAUGAAUCAGUAUUAUAGAGAAUUAAUAUAUACAGAGAUAUCCUAUGCUCAAGUUACAUGGAGAGUCAUGGCAGAUACAAUCAGUGCCUUUUUUAAUUUAUUUAUAGAAAUUAAAAGACUGUAUUUUAUAAUUUAAAAAAAUAUUAUUAAAAAGUUUUGAUGAUCUU